CAAUCGUUUCUUGACCUUCCACUUUCUCAUAAUAUACUAGUACAUUCUAUGAUUUUAUUUUAUUUUAUUUUUUCUUCCAAGUCUUUUAGAGUAAAGUACUAGUUAGUUUGCUAUAUUAACGUAAAUAAUAGUGAAUUGAGUUGGAUUUGGUGAAUGCAUGCAAAUAAUGAAGCCACCAUUCUCACCUUCUUCCAUUCUAAGAAGCAAAGGUCGUUUCUCCCCUUACCUUUUCACCCUUCUAGCUUUCAUUCUUUUCGUUACUAUUCUCUAUGGUGAAGAUUUCAUGUGCAUCUUUGGUGAACAACUCUAUAACUACUCUAACCAAGACAAAUUCUUCUCCACACCUGAGAGGGUGAAGAAGCAGAUCAAGGUGCCAUUUGCGGUGGGGAAGACGGAGGAAGGGUGUGAUAUAUUCAGUGGAAGGUGGGUUUGGGACGAGGAUACUCGACCGUUGUACGAGGAAUCAGAGUGUCCGUACAUACAACCACAAUUGACUUGCCAAGAACAUGGGAGACCCGACAAAGAUUACCAACAUUGGAGGUGGCAACCACACGGUUGCGAUCUUCCUAAAUUCAAUGCUAGCUUGAUGCUUGAAACACUCCGUGGAAAGAGGAUGAUGUUUGUUGGAGACUCUCUCAAUCGUGGUCAAUAUGUUUCUUUUGUGUGCCUUCUCCAUCAACUCAUUCCCGAGGAUGCUAAAUCCAUGGAAACCUUUGAUUCACUCACUGUUUUCACAGCAAAGGAAUACAAUGCAACAAUAGAGUUCUAUUGGGCACCUUUUCUUCUAGAAUCAAACUCGGACAAUGCUGUUGUUCAUAGGAUAUCAGAUAGAAUUGUAAGAAAAGGUUCAAUAAAUAAACAUGGUAGAAAUUGGAAAGGUGUUGACAUUUUGGUAUUCAACACUUAUCUUUGGUGGAUGACUGGCUUGGAGAUGAAAAUCUUACUUGGAUCUUUUGAUGAUGAAGUAAAAGAGAUUGUCACAAUUUCUACGGAGGAUGCUUAUCGUAUGGCUAUGAAAAGUAUGCUUAGAUGGGUGAGGUUGAACAUGAAUCCAAAGAAAACUAGAGUCUUCUUCACUAGCAUGUCACCUUCUCAUGGAAAGAGUAUAGAUUGGGGAGGUGAACCAGGAGGAAGUUGUUACAAUGAAACAACUUUGAUUAAUAAUUCAACAUAUUGGGGUUCUGAUUCUAGAAAGAGUAUAAUGCAAGUGAUUGGUGAAGUUUUGAGCAAAACAAAAGUUCCAAUUACAUUUCUUAACAUCACACAACUCUCAAGUUAUCGUAAAGAUGCACACACUUCAAUCUAUAAGAAGCAAUGGAGCCCUUUAACUAAAGAGCAAUUAUCUAACCCUGUAAGCUAUGCUGAUUGUGUACAUUGGUGUUUACCUGGUCUUCAAGAUAAUUGGAAUGAACUUUUGUUUGCUAAGUUGUUUUAUCCUUGAAAAUUGUACACAGUUAUACAAAUGUAUUGUUGUUCUUUUGGAUCAUGGACUCUUGGAUGUGACACUUUCAUUUGUACACGGAAAAAUGUAUAGCUACGGUCAUUAAUCUUUGUUUGCAAAGGGUAUAUGUGACGAUAACAAGGAAGAUUCAAAUCAAAGAAACAAAUGAGGAUUUGUGUGUAAUGUUAGUAGUUGCUCAAGGAAAGGGAAAAAAAAUAAAAAACAAAUAUAUGAGAAAAUUUGAUUGAUUUUUUCCCCCUU